GUGAAUUUUAUUGGUUUGCUAUCACGUUUAUUCCUCCCAAGUAGCACUUUGUAAAAUGAUUUACCUCAAAGACCUGCAGUAGUGGUUUGAAUUGAUACAGACUCUAGAGAAAUAUAGAAGCCGGUAAUUAUUAGCUGAUGGUCACGAAACCCUGCUUACUGACACUUGGAGCCGACUCCCAAGAGAAAAAACGAGAAAUGUAUUUCCAGGAAGGAUCAGGGUUGAUAUACAGAAGAUGCUGAAAGGUUUAAUCAAACCUCAUUCAGCUUUGUGAAGGUAAGAUUUACAUCCAUUCUUUUCAUGCACAUUUCGUCAGCCAGAUAGGUUGAAUGAUACAUUUGAGACUCUUUAAUACAUAUUGCAUCAAAUACAAAAAAUGUGAAUAAUUUAUGAGAUUAUAUUUAAUUGGUAUGUUCAUUUAAACCAUCUGGGAUUUAGAAUACAACUAAUUUUGAUGUUUUUCCUCCCCUAAAAAACAGUAUCGGGCAAGAAUAAGAAAUGUCAGCCAUAAACCGCAGUGCUUACUGGGUUUGGACAAAGAACUGCAGCUACUCCCACGAUUUUGCUAUUCCUUUGGUUCCCUACAUGGACUGUCCCUCCAACCGCAAGUAUGCUUCACACUUCAUACCGCUUGUCUUUUACAUACUGUCCUUUCUUGGAACAAUUGGUAAUCUCUGGAGCCUGUGGGUUUGCCUACGGCCAUCCCAGCCUUGGAGUAUCGGAUCCAUAGGUGUUCUUAACCUUGCUCUGUGCGACCUUACCUAUCUGGCCUCUAUGGGACCCUGGGCAUUCUACAUCAGCUCCGACUACAACUGGAAAAUAGGUCAUUCUCUCUGCAUCAUGGUGAAAAUUCUGUACUUUGUCGGGCUGACGUCCAGUACCAUGUUCAUCUGCGCCAUCAGCACUGACCGAUUCCUUGCGAUCAUCUUCCCUCUUGAGUCCAGAAUGAUCCGCACACCACGGAACAGUGCAUUGGUUUCACUUCUACUAUGGACUAUUACAGCCCUCCUUGUUUAUUUCAGUUAUCCUAACAUUCUGUACUGGGUCAGGAAGGAUGGCAUCCAUGUAUGUGGGGCUAUGGUGAUCUCCAGGUUCAGAACCACCGAAGCAUCGUACAAUCUCUUGUCUUACUACUCUAUUCAGGUAACUGUCCCACUGCUCCUCCUCAUUCCCUCAUAUGUGAAGAUCAUUGCCCGGAUGAAGCAAUCACGACAGCAGUGGGGCGCAGGCAACAUGCAAGGCCUGGACAAGACCAUCUGUCUAAUUGCAGUUUUCAUUGCCAAUUUCUUGGUGUGUUGGGUUCCAGGGCAGCUGCUUCACAUCAUUGCCUGUAUUAUUUUCUUCAAUUUGUAUGACUGCAAAAACACUUGCUGGGUUGCAUGGGUGGUCAACCUACUCGCCGAAGCCUCCGAACUACUGUAUUGUCUCAAUGCAUGUCUGGAUCCCUUAAUUUUCCACAUGCAGCAGGGACAUGGUGAGCUGCUUCAUAAGGUAGUGUUGGCAAACUGGUGUAGAAAGUUAUGUAAGAAACCAGACUUGGGAGGGCCUUCAGUGGAACCUGUCAGUGUGGUCCAAAUUAAUGGAAGUUUCAAAACAAAGAAACAGGAAAUAAUAAAAAUAGUAAAUUAGGAAAAUGUAUGAUAUUUUUAAUGGCUAGUUUGUCAUUCGCACAAUUGUGAAUUGAUGCAUUCGGGGUCUUCAUAUUCUUGUGUUGUGGUGUAUUGCAACCGCAAUAGACUUAGGGGUAGGUCUAAUAAAUUAUAACUAUUAAUGUAUUGUUUUAUCUAGUUGUAUCUAAAUAUUCUUGGCAUGUUUUACACUGUUUCUAAAUCUGUUCAAAUAUUAAGCAAUCAUUCAAUCAAUAUUCCCAUUUUUAUACCCAUAGAUUCAUAUAGAUGUUAAUACUUAGUGGAUUGCUUUUAAUAAAACUAGCUAAGGUAUAUUUUACAAUCACUAGAUGGCAGAAUUGGCGUAAAAUAAAUAGAAAGUCUAAACGCCAGUGUACACACGCCAUAAAUCAAUAAAAUAAUAAAUGUACACUUUUAGAAAUUACUUUAAAAGAGUGAACAAUUAAACAUUUUCCAACCAAGAGUUGGGGUCUGUAGUUCUAAGUCAAUUUAACCUAAAACAGUUGAUUCUGCCAUUGUGCUGUUUUUAUUUUAUUUGUUUUGUCUUAAUAGCACAACGGGUUCAGUAUGUCUGUCGCUCUACAUCAUAAAUCUAAAUUUGCCAGCCCUAAAUACCCCUCAUCCAACACCAAAACCAUUGUUGAAAAGGAAAGACACCUGCAAGUUUAGGAAAAAAUUGGGAGUGUAAUGUCUAGAUACAAUAUAGCCUAAAUGGAGAUGUGCGUUGGUACUAUUCAUUUUUUAAAUACAUAAUGUAAUACAGUUAUAAUGCCUGUUUAGUAUUGUAACCCUGUUACAUGCAAUGUAAUUUGCAUUCUAGCCAUUACUGUAAAAUGCAAAUGUGAGCAAUAUAAAUAGAUGUGAUGGGUUAAGCCAUCUUAUGAGCUGUACUUCAACUACUUGUACAAUUAUUGGUCAACAUAAAAUAUAUAUAUAUAUAUAUAUAUAUAUAUAUAUAUAUAUAACAUUUUACCUCACAUUCUCAAGAACAAAUCGUCUACACUUAACAGAAACACUACCGUAUAUCACAACCGCCCAUAUGUUCAGUAAAAUCCAUCCUGUUGCAGUCAUGCGUGUUGUGUGCUGUUAUUAUACUAUGGCGAAGGCAUAUCUUAUGAAUAUUAAGUUACUUCGUAACCUUACUGGAGCGUCUAGUCACAUGACCUAAUUAAUAUUCAAAAGAAAAUACGUCCUGUGUUCUUUAUUAACGAAUGUCUUGUUAAUUAUGUAUUGUCUUUUAAUUGUUAAUUAUUGUAAUUGAUUUUGUUAAAUUACUAG